CCUCCGAUCGUUUCUCCCUCCUCUUGUUCCUCUCUUUCUCUCUCUCUCUCUCUCCCUCCCUCUCUCUCUUUGCAGCUUCUAUAUAAAUGACCACCUUUCCUCCCACACCGCGGGAUCACCCAUUCUCUCUUAGCUUCCUCUCCUCCUCCUCAGCUGCAAGCGCUAGCUCCAACCUAUCUCCCUCUCUCUGUCCACUUACCAGCCUUUAACAUACGAACCAAUACGAACUCAGUCUACCGGUUCUUGGAAGAAGUACCUCAGGCAGGCCGUCGUUUUGUCGAUCGAUCUAGCAAUGAGCAUCUCGGUGAAUGGUCAAUCGUGCGUGCCACCGGGGUUCCGUUUCCAUCCAACGGAGGAAGAGCUCCUCAACUAUUACCUCCGCAAGAAGGUCGCCUCCGAGGAGAUCGACCUCGACGUGAUCCGCGACAUUGAUCUCAACAAGCUUGAGCCAUGGGAUAUCCAAGAGAAAUGUAAGAUCGGCUCAGGUCCUCAGAACGACUGGUAUUUCUUCAGCCACAAGGACAAGAAGUACCCAACGGGGACGCGGACGAACCGAGCGACGGCGGCCGGGUUCUGGAAGGCCACCGGCCGCGACAAGGCCAUUUACAACGCUGUCAAACGCAUCGGCAUGCGCAAGACGCUCGUCUUCUACAAGGGCCGCGCUCCCCAUGGCCAGAAGUCGGACUGGAUCAUGCACGAGUACCGCCUCGACGACCUUCCUACCAUCGUCACGGACGCCGCCCCCACCGCCACCAUGGCUGUUAGUGCCGCCACAUCGUCGGACUCCGGCCAGGAGGACGGCUGGGUGGUUUGCAGAGUGUUCAAGAAGAAGCACCACCAUAAGGAUGCGGGGGCCGGAAGUGGCAAGCGCGGCGGCGGGGGACGAGAUGAUGGGGGCAAGACCGCACGCUCCUCCUCGCCGCUCUACUCCAGCGACGAUGCGCUUGACCAGAUCCUGCACUACAUGGGCCGCUCGUGCAAGCAGGAGCACGAGCUUUCCUCGCCGCGCCCGAGAACGGCCGCGUCGCGGUAUCUGCGGCCCCUCGAGACGGUUCUCGGCGGCCACGGUUUCAUGAAGCUGCCACCGCUGGAGAGCCCCUCGGCGGCGGCCACGGCGCGGUCGUCGACUACCACGCCGCUCGCAGCGAGCGGAGAUGGAAAUGUCGAGCGCGAGCUGGCGCACGCGGAGGACAUGCUGCACGAACCCCACCGCGAUAGCGGGAUCACGGACUGGGCCAUGAUGGACCGGCUCGUCGCGUCCCACCUCAAUGGCCAGCACGACGCGUCGACCGACCAGCUCUGCUUCGACGGCACCCAUGCAGGCAGCAACGACGUCGUCGACGACACGGCCGUCAAUGGGGUUGCCUUCUACUCCGCCGCGGCUACAAGGCUUCUCGGAGGUGCCGCCGCCGGUAGCGGCGACGACGACCUGUGGAGCUUCGCCCGAUCCGCGGCGUCGUCGGAGCGGCUGAGCCGUGUGUCACCAUAACAACUGUAGCUGCUAUUGCCAUGGCCAAUGGAGGGCUGAACCGCUGAAGACACGAAAGGUGGCGAGGCAGGAGACAGCAGCUGCCCUAGUACAGCAAAAAGACUACAACGAGGAAAAGAAGGAAAUAAUAAUAAUAAAAGAGAGGGAGAUCAACAGAGAGAGACAGAGAUCUCAAAGGUGAUUAGAUUGAUGUGUGGGGAGAAAACUAAGUGAGAGAAAAGGGGAUUAAAGCGGGCAGUAAGUUGGAGUAUCACUGUCAGCGCUGAUCGCACCCGUCUGUUAUUGUUUAAUUAACCCUUUUAAGUACUCUAUGUUAUUAGCAUGUGGUUACUUAUAAUUAAGAUCAACCGGUGAUAUAUAAAUUAAUUAUUAAUUACACA